AUGGAUGAUCAAGGAAGAAAAGUUAUUGUUUGUGAUAAUGGAACCGGUUUUGUAAAAUGUGGAUAUGCAGGAAGCAAUUUUCCAGCUUUCAUUUUCCCAUCGAUGGUUGGAAGACCGAUCAUUAGAGCAGAAAAUAAAAUCGGUGAAAUCGAUGUCAAGGAUUUGAUGGUAGGUGAUGAGGCUUCGCAACUCAGAUCCAUGCUUGAAGUUAGCUAUCCUAUGGAAAAUGGGGUGGUACGCAACUGGGAAGACAUGUGCCACGUGUGGGAUUACACAUUUGGACCCAGCAAGAUGAACAUAGACCCGAAGGAUACGAAAAUUCUUCUCACAGAACCGCCAAUGAACCCUACGAAAAAUAGAGAAAAGAUGAUAGAAGUUAUGUUCGAGAAGUAUGGCUUUGAUAGUGCAUACAUUGCUAUACAAGCUGUCCUCACACUUUACGCUCAGGGAUUAAUUUCUGGAGUUGUGGUUGAUUCAGGUGACGGUGUAACCCAUAUAUGUCCAGUAUAUGAAGAGUUUGCGCUUCCUCAUCUAACGAGACGUCUAGAUAUCGCCGGAAGAGAUAUCACUAGGUAUCUCAUUAAGUUACUUCUUCUGCGUGGUUACGCCUUCAAUCAUUCAGCUGACUUUGAAACUGUGCGAAUGAUGAAGGAGAAAUUAUGCUACAUUGGCUACAAUGUGGAACAGGAGCAGAGACUUGCUUGGGAGACGACCGUUCUUGUGGAACCUUAUGUGUUACCCGAUGGUCGAGUCAUCAAAGUUGGUGGUGAAAGGUUCGAAGCCCCAGAGGCACUCUUCCAGCCCCAUCUGAUCAACGUUGAGGGUCAGGGUAUUGCUGAACUUGUCUUUAACACUAUUCAGUCGGCAGAUAUAGACAUGCGUAACGAAUUAUACAAGCAUAUCGUCUUGUCUGGCGGAUCCACUAUGUACCCGGGGCUGCCCUCUCGACUAGAGCGAGAGAUCAAACAGCUCUACUUAGAGAGAGUUCUGAGGAAUGACUGCGACAAACUCGCUAAAUUCAAGAUACGCAUAGAGGAUCCGCCCCGGCGUAAGGACAUGGUGUUCAUUGGGGGUGCUGUACUUGCUGAGGUCUGCAAGAACAGGGACAAUUUCUGGCUCACCAACCAGGAGUAUAAGGAACAGGGACUGUCAUGUCUUCGUAAGUUGGGACCGCGAGCGAGUUAA